AUGGAAUGGUCUCAGCGGGUGGCCUGUGUUGUUGCUAGAUCUCCUGCCUGCAAAUCCGUCACGAGCAGCUAUGCAGGGCACCAAGGUAUUUUCACUAUCAUGCCAUGUACUGCAGGGCCAGAGCAUGCACCUACCUGCCCGGUAUCACCCGACGACAGAGUUCAGCAUCAGGCGACCACACGGGAGGCCGAUGCAGCAGUGCAGCAGUCAUCAUUCUCAUAUCUAUGUGGUAAUUAUGUUCGUGGACGUCCCAGGCGCGUCCCCGGUGCGUCCCCAGUACGUCCAAAUCCGUCCACCGUUGUCCGCUGACGUUCCAGGUGCGUCCACAGUACGUCCAAACUUGUCUACUUCUGUCCGUGGACGUCCCAGGCGCGUCCCCGGUGCGUCCCCAGUACGUCCCCAGUACGUCCAAACUCGUUCACCGUUGUCCGUGGACGUCCCAGGCGCGUCCCCAGUACGUCCAAACUUGUCUACCGUUGUCCACUGACGUCCCAGGAGCGUCCCUAGUGCCUUGAUUGAUGACAUUCGUAGAAAAGUCAAGAAAUUACUCUUACACUGUGUCCGUUGUUUGGAUCCAAGCUGCAAGAUCCAACAUCCACAAACACCGGCAAUGAAUGGAAUGCCGGUCAAUGACUCUAGAGGAAGAGUGAUCAACAAGCGGACGUAGAGGAAUAAGUUGCGUAUGCAUUCAAGUAGCCAAUUGUCGAUAGUGAACGUUUAAUCAUGUGAAAGUUAUGGCAUUCUAGAUCUAGAUACAAGAUGCACCGUGACGAAGAGGCAUAGGAAAGAGGAAUCGUACUGUGAAGGCA